AACUAAGGAAUAAUGUCUGCAGCCAUGGGUUCCAGUGAUAGAAAAUGAUGAUUGUAUUAGUGCUGUUUUUUUUUAUUUCAAAAGUUGCCCUGGUAAUUAGAUAGCGUUACCUCUUUAACUAGCUAGUUCUAAACGUUACAGAGUAGAAAGUGACAAGCAGUCUGCGCAGUUUGCUAGUUCGCAAAGUUCCCAAAUGUAACUGCUUUUUGCGGUCGUCAUUGUGGAUGUGGCAAUAAGCGCUGUCCUUCAUUUAUUUAUUGAUAAAAGGUAAGAAUACCGCAAAUGAUAGAAGUAGCUACCGAAGUUAAAACAUGCCAUCUAACUAGCUAGCUAGCCGUCUGUGUUGAUGUUUAAUUAGCUCGUAACGUGACAGAAUGGUUGUUACGUUAUUGACCAACUUGACCACUGGAGAAGUCAAGUCAACUAGUAAGGAAGCUAGCUGGUUGCUAGUGAAGUCACCUGUGGCGUCUAUUGGACAGGUACUUGAAAUCAGCAUUGUGUAAUACUAGUAACUAGCAUACGGGUAACGGGUAACGGAAAACGAAUGAUAGGAAAACGGAUCAUUUUCUUGGAAACGUUCUUUUUCUCUUGGAGACGUUCUUGUCAUGGGGGACUGUGGUGAUCUCAACGCGAACCUGAAUUUCCGUACCACUGGGGAUCCCCGCUUGGAUAAAGCAAUUUACCAAUGGAUCUCUUGGGAUAAGAACCCGCACACGCGAGGGCAGGUGGAGGCCCUGGUCCAGGAAGGCUGUGUGGAGGAGCUGAGGUGCAGGCUGGGAUCCAGGAUGAGCUUUGGGACCGCCGGGCUGAGGGCGCCCAUGGGGGCUGGCUUUGCCCUCAUCAACGACCUCACCAUCAUCCAAUCAACACAGGGCCUGUAUAAAUACUGCGCCAUCGCCUUCCCUGAUCUGCACAGCCGAGGCCUCGUGAUUGGCUACGACACUCGUGGACAGGAAGCCAGUGGCUGUAGCAGCGAGCGACUUGCCAGGUUGGCGGCUGCCGUUCUGCUUGGCAGAGGCAUUCGCGUCUAUCUCUUCUCCACUUAUGUCCCGACACCGUUCGUGCCAUACGCUGUGAAGAAGCUUGGAGCUGCAGCAGGAGUGAUGAUCACCGCCUCUCAUAACCCCAAAGAGGACAACGGAUACAAGGUUUACUGGGAGAGCGGGGCACAGAUCGCUUCGCCCCACGAUAAGGAGGUCCUGCGCUGCAUCGAGGAGAGCGGCGAGCCCUGGGGGGGGUCCUGGGACCACGGCCUGGCCGAAAGCAGCCCCCUACGCACCGACCCCACCCUGCACAUCUGCACCUGCUACGCAGAGGAGCUGCAGUCCAUCUGCUUCCAUAGAGAGCUGAAUGCAGAGACGAGGCUGAAGUUCGUCCACUCUUCCUUCCACGGGGUUGGACACAGCUUCGUCCAGCAGGCCUUUCGGGCGUUCGGCUUUGCCCCGCCCAUCCCUGUACCGGAACAGAAAGAUCCGGAUCCGGAGUUUCCUACCGUCAGCUGCCCCAACCCAGAGGAAGGGGAGUCUGUCCUGGAGCUCUCUCUCCGGCUGGCUGAGCGAGAGGGGGCCACAGUCGUCCUGGCAACCGACCCUGAUGCCGACCGCCUGGCUGCAGCAGAGCUGAGCAACAACCGGUGGAAGGUGUUCACAGGUAACGAGCUUGCGGCUCUCCUGGGCUGGUGGAUGCUGUUUAACUGGAAACAGCUCCACUCGAACCCCACCGACACCGCGCAAGUGUGCAUGCUGGCCACCGCCGUCUCCUCCAAGAUCCUCCAGGCCUUCGCACGGGUCCACGGCUUUCAUGUGGAGGAAACUUUGCCAGGUUUCAAAUGGAUCGGGAAGAGAAUCGAUGAGCUGAGGAAGGUGGGGAAGGAGGUGAUCUUCGCCUUUGAGGAGUCUAUCGGGUUCAUGUGCGGCAGCAUGGUUCCAGAGAAGGACGGGGUGAGUGCAGCAGCGGUGUUGGCGGAAAUGGCCGCCUAUCUCGACCGCCAGAACCUCACCCUGAACCAGCAGCUGGCCAACAUCUAUCACAUGUACGGCUCACAUGUCUCCACCACGUCCUACAUCUUCUGUCACGACCCUGCCGUCGUGAAGAGGAUCUUCUCCCGGCUGCGCUGCUUCCACGGAGAGAACUCCUACCCAAGGUCGUGCGGAGGUCACUGCAUCGCACACGUCCGAGAUCUCACCACGGGAUAUGACAGCAGCCAACCCGAUAAAAAAUGCGUACUGCCGAUCAUCAAGAACAGUCACAUGAUCACCUUCACCUUCCACAGUGGCGUGGUCGCCACCCUCAGGACCAGCGGCACAGAGCCCAAGAUCAAGUACUACACCCAGAUCUGCGCUCUGCCAGGGGAGAGUGUCAUCUCUAGUCUGGAGAUGGAGCUUCACAAGGUAACUGAUGCUCUGGUUGAGGAGUUUCUGGAACCAGACAAAAACAAGCUUAUUCGGCGAUCUUGAAUUAUCAAACUUGAAUUAUCACGACACAAAAAUAUGCAUAUUUCUUCAUAUGUUCUAUGAAGGUAUACCCUUGUUCUCAACUGCAUUGUUUUCAAAUGUAUUUUUAAUUCCUUUGUGUGUUUUCUAUGUUUAUUGAAAAUGUUUAUGGAAAUAUGUUUUGGUUCUCUUGUGAUGCUGUUCGGUACAGCAUGAAAAUUAUUAUUUAUUUUCAGUGUGGCAGUUAAACGUGCCUUCAUAUUAAAGCAAAAACAUUUCUCUCUCA